AAUGUGAACUUGAGUACUUGACAAUGUUGUCGCUCCUAAACCCCAGACCGUCUUUUCUUCUUCCUCGCUCUUUUCAUUCAUUUCCCCACAAGCUUUUUUCAUCACCAAAAAACUUAAAAUUCUGUACUAAAAAACUCUACUCUCUCUCCCCUUCUGAAUCUUCUUCUUACAUUCUCCAAGACAGCGGCCUCGAACUUGAAGACCGUGUAAUCGGCGACUGUCUAGUCUUCGAGGAAGGCGUGUUCGAGGAUCCUUACCUCCAAAACGACGUUGGUUUUGAAAAAAAACCUGACUCAAAUAAACCUAAACGGGAAAGCAAAAAAGCUUCUCUGGAAGUCGAAGGGGAAAAUUUGGUUCCGGAGAAAUGGAGACAGGUUCAAGAGGAAAUUAACCUGACGAAGAAAGAUAAGCGCAAGAUUAGACAGGAAAUGGAGUAUGGUAGCCGAGUUGAGCAGAGGAAAGAAGGCUAUCUUCCUUUGAGGAGUUUAAAUUUGCAAGAAUAUUUGGAGUACAAGAAAGCUAAAUUGGCUCAGUUGAAGCCGGUAGUUCUUGAUAACCCUGAACGUUUGCCUGAUGAUAAAGAGCCUGAAGAUGAUGAAGCCAAUAGGAACGUGUCUUCGAGCAAGCGAUUGGCACCAAAGAAUCCGAAAUGGGCGGUUUAUGGUCGAGGCUUGGAUGAUGUUUCGGAGUUUUUUAACAAAUCUUAUGAGCCUCCUGAUAAGAAAACUGAAGGUCCACGAAAGUUGUUUACUAAAGAGGAGAAAAUUUUGUUGAAUAAGAAGAUACCUGAUUUAGCAACCGCUACCUCUAAAAAAUGGCUACCUCUUCAUACCCUCGCUGCAACUGGAGAGUUCUACAUUGUUGAUGCUUUAUUGAAACAUAAUGUUGACAUCAAUGCUGUGGAUAAGGAUGGCUUGACUGCACUUCACAGAGCAAUCAUUGGGAAUAAGCAGGCAGUUAGUAACUAUCUUUUGAGAGAAUCAGCGAAUCCUUUUGUUUGUGAUGAUAAUGGGGCUACUUUAUUGCAUUAUGCUGUCCAAACAGCAUCAAGUCCAGCAAUCAAAAUUCUUCUAUUAUACAAUGUUGAUAUAAAUCUUCAAGACAAUGAUGGAUGGACACCAUUACAUCUUGCCGUUCAAGCCCGUAGGACAGAUAUAGUGAGACUGCUAUUAAUUAAAGGAGCCAAUAAAACACUGAAAAACCAGGAUGGUCUAACCCCUCUUGAUCUAUGUCUCUACUCCGGCAAAGACACAAGAACUUACGAAUUGAUCAAGCUGUUGUUGCAGCUUCCAAAACGCCGAUGACUACUCCAGCAUAAAAUCCAUGCUAUCAGUGUUACAAUUGCCAAACUGAUUGUUUAGUCCAAUAGUACGAGACUUAGCAGCAUCCAAAAUCACUUAAAGCUGAGCAUCCCGGGACUGUAUGUAUGCCAGAUGAUCCUUCCAAUGGAGCUUACAAGUGGUAGCCAACAGCAGAAAAAUGUUCAUUCCACAGCCUGCUCUUUCACUGUAAAAUCAAUCACCCAACUACAUGUAGUUUUUUAACUACCUAUCCAUUAAAUCUGGGCAGGUAUGGUCCUUGCAUAAUACAUGAAGUAUGAUUAAAAUAUCGGGAAAA